AUGUCUCAAUCGCAACCCGUCACUGAGGUUGCCCCUCCUUCCGCCGCCACCGAUGCCGUCCUGAUGGCCUCGGAACCCGUGCCUGAGGGCACUCAGCAGGUCCAGGGUGUGGAUUUUGAAAAGUUCAAGGGCCGCGACAUUACUGUCGCAGAGAUGGUCGACAACAUGAAGUACAUGGGGUUCCAGGGGAGUGCCGUGGCCGAAGCGACGGGCAUCAUCAAUGAUAUGCGAGCCUAUCGAGACCCCGAGACCGGCGCAAAGACCACUAUCUUCCUCGGAUACACGUCCAAUCUGAUUUCUUCCGGGCUACGCGACACCAUCCGCUACCUCGUCCGCAAUCGCCAUGUUUCCGCCAUCGUCACGACCGCCGGUGGUGUCGAGGAAGAUCUCAUCAAGUGUCUGGCUCCGACCUACAUGGGUUCAUUCACCGCGCCGGGUGCCGGUUUGCGUGCCAAGGGUUUGAACCGAAUCGGCAAUCUGCUAGUCCCGAACAGCAACUACUGCGCCUUUGAAGACUGGCUGGUCCCCAUCCUGGAUAAAAUGUUGGAGGAGCAAGAGGCCGCCAAGAAGAAGGCGUUGGAGACGGGCGACGAGGAGGACGAGCUGCACUGGACCCCGAGUCGCGUCAUUAAGCGGUUGGGGCAGGAAAUCAACCACGAGGACUCCGUGCUCUACUGGGCCGCCCGCAACGACAUUCCCAUCUUCUGCCCGGCCCUCACCGACGGCUCUCUCGGAGACAUGCUCUACUUCCACACCUUCCGGUCCUCUCCGCAGCGACUGCGGAUUGAUAUCGUGGACGACGUACGGCGCAUCAACACCAUGGCCGUCCGGGCCGCUCGUGCGGGGAUGAUCAUUCUCGGGGGCGGGGUGAUCAAGCACCACAUUGCCAACGCGUGCCUGAUGCGAAACGGCGCCGAACACGCCGUGUACGUGAACACGGCUCAGGAGUUUGAUGGCAGCGAUGCGGGAGCUCGACCGGACGAGGCCAUUAGCUGGGGGAAAAUCAAGGCGGGCGCCAAGUCGGUCAAGGUGUAUGCAGAAGCUACUGUCGUCUUUCCUUUGAUGGUGGCAGCUUCCUUUGCCCGCGCCGACCAGCCUGCCUCGAGUGCGGACGACGCGGCUCGUAACUGA